AUUUCACACAAACCCUCGCUUUAUCCCUCUUCCUCUUUUUCACAGCCAUUUAUUAGAUUCCUCUCUCAAUAUUGAAUUGUAUGCACUGAUAGCUCAGGGAACCAGAGAGAGAACGAAAUUUCAUCUCUGGAUUUUUCUUUUCCUUUGUUCGAUUUUUUAUUUUCUGGGUUGUUCUUGUCUUCCUGGGAUUUUUUGAAUUUCUAUGGACUGAGUUUUUUUUUAAAAAUCUUUUCUUCGAUAGUUUUUCUGGGUUUUUUUGGCUUUCGAUUAGUUUCUGCAGCAGAAAACUUUUCUGGGUUUUUGUCGCAGAGAAGCGUUAUUAAUACCCAGUGUUUAUAUUCCAAUAUAGUUUGAUUGCGACAACAAUAAUCAUAAUUUUCUUUCCAUAAUCUAUCGUUUUAUCUACAAAAUUAUCUGUCUUGCAAUUUCCCCUGUGAGUUUAUAAAUUGUAUUAAUGUAAAAUUUGAAAGAAGAGAGAAAAGGAGAGUCUAUGGGGAAGCAAGGGCCGUGCUAUCACUGUGGAGUUACGAGCACCCCUCUCUGGAGGAAUGGGCCAUCAGAGAAGCCAGUGCUUUGCAACGCAUGUGGAUCACGGUGGAGAACAAAGGGAACAUUAGCAAACUACACACCUCUUCAUGCUCGGGCUGAUGCCGAAGAGAAUGAGGAUCACAGGGUUCAGAGGUUAAAGAGCUUAUCUGUAAAUAAGAACAAAGAAGCUAAGAUGCUCAAGAGGAAAGCCGAUCAAGAAAAUGUCACGGUCAAAAGGGUUUCCCCAGAAUUCAAUCAUGGUUUCAAGAAGGUGGUAGAUGAGGAUGCUGGCAAUAGAUCAAGUUCCGGGUCAGCUAUAUCAAACUCUGAGAGCUGUGCACAGUUAGGAAGUGUAGAUGGGAGCGAGUUUACAGGUCCAGCACAGUCUAACGUGUGGGAUACAUCUGUUCCUUGCAAGAGAAGGACAUGGGUGGGCCGUCCAAAGCCGUCUUCCGUUGAAAAGCUCAGAAAAGACCUCUAUAAUAUUCUACAAGAGCAGCAAUCAUCUUGUUUCUCUGGUUCGUCUGAGGAGGAUCUGCUUUUCGAGAAUGAAACACCGAUGGUUUCAGUUGAGAUAGGACACGGAAGUGUUCUCAUGAGGCAUCCACAUUUGGUUUCACGAGAAGAGGAAUCUGAAGCCAGCUCGCUUUCAGUUGAGAACAAAUCCUCACUGAAUGAGUCAUAUUCACAUUCUGGGAAGUCUAUUAGCAAUGGAGCUGCAAAAGCUCCAAACUUUGCUGGACAAGCAAUUCAGCAGGAGCAACUCAAGAGGACCAAGUCUCAAACUGAAAAACUCUCAGUUCUAGGGAGCCAUAGUUCACCACUCUGUAGCAUAGAUUUGAAGGAUGUUUUCAACUUUGAUGAGUUCACGGGACAAUUCACGGAAGAUGAACAGCGGCAGCUGAUGAAACUGCUUCCCCAGACAGAAUCUGUUAAUUUUCCUGAUAGCCUCAGAAGCAUGUUUGAGAGUGAUCAGUUCAAAGAGAACUUCUCUUUGUUUCAGCAACUUGUCGCAGAUGGUGUCUUUGAGUCAUCUUCGUCCUCAGGAGCCAUACCAGAUGACCGUAAGAUGCUUAAGAAGCUUGCUCUAUCUGAUCUUACCAAAUCCCGCUUGGUUGAAAGCUAUCACCAAUUCAAGGAACACAAAAAUGGGAAAGUAGGUACUUCGACUGCCACCACAAGAAUACAAAACCAGAAUGCAUCAAACAAUCUCAUAUCCAUUAAGAGACUUAGCGAAAGCCAAAACAGAAAAAAAUCAGAGACAAGGGCUGUGAUGAGGAGCCCUAAACGGGUGAUGAAGUUGCAAAUGAAUCAAGAAGCAGCAGAGAAUGGCUUCAGCCCCAGAAGCGUGGCGUUUGCGUUUGCAUCAGAUGGCAGCUCGGCAGUGUUUGGGUAUGAAGGUAAUUGUGGUUCAGAGCAGGAUCUUCUUCUGGAUGUGCCUUUGAAUGGGUCUUUUCCUCAAGCAGAGCUGCUUCCCCAGCCUUAGGAGAGACGCAAAGCUUCAAACUUUUUGGCGUUUUCCCAUCACAAAAGCGAAGAGCAUUAAGCUCCUACAGCUUGCUCUUUAUGAAAGAGAUACGCUUUAGGCUUCUGGGUUUUUCUUUUUCAUUGGUGAAGCCUUAUGAGAUUGCUGCCUUAGUAAAUUUGCAAUUCGCAGACCAAAGGAAGGAUUUUUUAACGAGUUUUGAGGCUCUCUUCAGUGGUUUGGGUCUUAUAUAAAAUGUUUUUUCCCCUCUCUUUUCAAUGACCCUUCUGAACUUCAGUAAGAAAACUGAGCUUUUUUGUUGUAUAGGAACGAGAAGAAACUGUAACAGUAUAUAGAACCCCAAACGCGAAAAUGAAGUAAUGUAUUUUAGAGUUUUCUUUAA